AUGAACAUCGUGAGCCGGUGCUGCAAGCACCCGGAGUGCAGCAAGGUGCCCCACUUCGGCAACGACCAGGAGCGGCCGCUGUACUGCGGGGAGCACAAGUUGCCCGGGAUGGUCAACGUCGCCAAUCGCAGGUGCGAUGCCCCUGGGUGUCAGCGGCAGCCCACGUACGGGAACAAGGGGGACAAGCGGCCUCGCUUCUGCUCAACGCACAAGCACCCGGGCAUGUACGACGUGAUCGCGCGGCGCUGCGAGCACGAGGGGUGCCUGACGCGAGCGGCGUUCAACUUCCGCGGGGAGAAGGUGGUGAAGUUCUGCGCCGCCCACAAGCAGGAAGGGAUGGAGAACCUCAAGAGCAAGUGCUGCGAGGCCGAGGGCUGCAAGAAGUACCGCGUCUACGGCUACGACGGCAAGCCGGCCGUGUGCUGCGCCUCCCACAAGAAGGAAGGCAUGGUGGACGUCCGCAGCAGCCGGUGCGAGUUCGAGGGCUGCUACCGGCACCCCAGCUUCGGCCACAGCCGCAACCAAUCGCAGAAAGCCGCCGGAGGCGGCGCCGCCGCAGCCAAGGGGGGGCGCGGAGGGCGGGGCGGAGGAGGGGGGGGGGGAGGGGGGGCCGCCUCCAAGCCUGCCGCGGCUGCGGGGGCGGCCCCGAAGGGGGGGGGGGGGGGUACGGCGCGAAAACGCCGGCCGGGAGCAACGGGGGGGGGGGCAACAGCGAGCUCUCCCGGGGGGGACGGGGUGAUUCCCGGGAGCGGGGAAGACGUCAAGCCGUCCUCGUUCUUCGGAGGAGGCCACGGCACGACGGCGCCGUCGUCGUCGUCGUUGCCGUUGUUGGGAGCUGGACAAGAAGAACGGGCGUGGAUGGGCGUCGCGGGUAUUUCCUCGCCCCCCCCACCCCCACCCGGAGGCGGCGGCAAGCCGGCGGCGGCGGCGGCGGCGGCGGGAGACGUUAUCGGCAACGGCGACGACAGCGGCAGCAGUAGCAACGGCCAGCAGUCUGGCGAAGCUGCGGCUGCUGGGCGGGAGGCUCGGAAGCGCGGCAGAGGGGCAGCCGGGAAGAGAGGGAGGUGA